AUGAAUAAAGGAAUAGUUCACUUAACAGGCAUCCGGGGGUCAAAAUCACCGGAGGAUGGAGCAGCCACCAACGGAGCUUCAAGAAGUCUCGAGUUCGUAGGGACACAAUAUCGGAAGGGGAACAGAUUAGAUCAACUCAAGCAGGCCAAAUAUGAUAAACAACUUCCCCCCACGACACGGAAAGCAGACAGAAGAACAAGGAAGAGGAAGCACCAAAAGGCAGGGGAAGAAUCAAGGAAGGGAAGAAAAAGGAGAACUUACGUCGGAGACGGCCCUCGGCGGAAGAUUUCAAGAGAAUCUACAAGGCUGGAUCCAAGAAGGUCAGCCCCACAAAUCGUUUCGAGUAAAAAAAAGGGAAAGGAAAGAAAAGAGGCUAAGAACAAGCCGGAACCCAAGGACCGACACUCUUGGUAA